AUGGCCUCCAUCGUCCACAAAUCCAUGGAGUUCUCGUCCCACGCGUCGACGGCCAACGUCGACAAGGUGGUUGAGUCCGUGACAAACGCUACCAAGCGCUUGUCCCAGAUCUCCACCACGACGAACAACUCCAGCAAGAAAAAGAAAACGCAGAACCGUAUUGGGCCCUGGAAGCUCGGUCGGACUCUCGGCAGGGGAUCCACUGGUCGGGUCCGUCUUGCCAAAAACGUCGACACCGGCCGCCUAGCUGCCGUCAAGAUCGUGCCCAAGCUGAACUUCAAAAAGCUUGAAAACCCCAAGUACAAGAACCUGGACGCCACAAAGCUCCCGUAUGGCAUUGAACGUGAAAUCAUCAUCAUGAAGCUCAUCUCACACCCAAACAUCAUGGGAUUAUACGAUGUCUGGGAAAACAAAUCAGACUUAUACCUCAUUCUCGAGUACAUCGAAGGCGGCGAACUUUUCGACUACUUGAUCAAACGUGGCCGCUUGCUGGAAUACGAGGCCAUCAACUACUUCAAGCAGAUCAUCCACGGCAUAGGCUACUUGCAUCAGUUCAACAUUUGUCACCGUGACUUGAAGCCAGAGAACUUGCUCCUUGACUUCAACAAAAACAUCAAAAUUGCAGACUUCGGCAUGGCUGCGCUUCAGGUCAACGAAAAGCUUUUAGAGACAUCUUGUGGUUCUCCUCACUAUGCAUCGCCUGAAAUCGUCGCAGGUAAGAACUAUCAUGGUGCCCCUUCAGACAUUUGGUCCUGUGGUAUCAUUCUUUUCGCCUUGUUGACAGGACACUUACCAUUCGACGACGAGAACAUUAGAAAACUUCUCAUGAAGGUCCAGAAUGGUAAGUUCAUCAUGCCAAGUGCUCUUUCCUGGGAGGCGAAGGACCUCAUUUCUAGAAUGUUACGCGUCAAUCCAAACGAGAGAAUCCUGAUUGGCUCCAUCUUGAAACACCCACUCUUGACAAAAUACCCUGAUCCUCAGUCGAUCAGCUGCAAAUCAGACAAUGACUUGAUUCUUCAUUCGAAUAUAAGGCCAAUUCAGCUGAGGGAGAAGAUCGACAAUGAGAUCUUGCGGAACUUGAGUAUUUUGUUCCAUAACUGCAACGAGGAGUACAUCGUCAAGUGCUUGUUGGCUCAGGAACGUUCACCGGAAAAGAUGUUCUAUUACCUCUUGAUGAAGUACAGAAACGAGCACUUGCUGAACUCCCCCUCGAACUACGCAGCAGACGAUGACGAAGAUGCUAACCAUGCUGACGAACCUCCUCGUUCUGCGUCGACCAUGAAAGCUACGAUAACUGAUGGUGACUCCAGCUCAAAGACAACAGUGACUCCGCACGCGAAUCAAUUGAAUCAAAUUGCUGCAUUGGAGGAGGACAAGGAAAAUGCAUUUGUUGAUGAGGUCUCAACUAUAUCAAAGAGUAAUCCUCGGGGUGUCACGAGAAAUGGAACCAUCGAUCAGUUCCAGAGGAUUUGUCAGGAGGUGUUUGGUUCAGAUGUUGAUCACAAAUCUGUUUACGACAUGACUCUUACGCUGGAUAAGAGGAACCUUACUAAGGAUACAAUUCACAAGCUUGAAGUUUUGAAUAAUCGUAUGAGCAAGGCUUCCUUGGUGCUUCCAAAACUUCCAAAAACUCCCGAGUCAUCAUCACGCAAUAUAAAGACGCUAACUGAGCCUCAACAUGAAAAUGAUCUGCGCCAGAAAAAGCUUCUUGGAAUUAGGCAAAGAGAGAAGGACCUCGCCGCAUCAGUUCAAAGAAAGAAUGACGAACGUGAACUCCGAUACAAGAGGAAUGAGGAACACCUUGCUCAGGCAGAAGCUGAACGUAAGAAGCAGUCUCAGCUUUUACAAGCAAAGCUGAUCGAGGCCUCCAGAAUCAUCAACAGGAAUGCAUCUCAGAGGAUUUCUUCAGAGCCUUUUCACCCGACUUCAUUGGAUCCAAAAUCUUCCUUACUCCGGUCCAAAACACUUGCAUCCAGAACGCCUUCACUCUCAGCUAACCCUAGAAGGGAUAAGAAUGCCUUUGUGUUACAGAGAUUGGGCAUUGAAGUUAAGCAACCUCAAGCACCUAGUCGCCAGACCUCCUUCAUGAAGACCUCCACCUCAAAGGAUUUAGCAUCUGUCCUCAAGGAAGAAGGCGAACCCAACACCGAAAACGCAGCUGACUACUCCAUUGACCUCAACAAAACCCUUCCAAGCAUCAAGUCGCAGAAAUCACAGAAAACAUUGAGUGGUGAGGAUGAGUCGAAGUCGGUUCAUUCUAAGAAAUCCUCGAGGGACAGCCAAUCUACACUUCGGAAAUCUAUGGAACAGCCUGAACAGACCAGAAGAGAGAGCUUCAAACCUUUGCUGGAGACCAUUGCUUCCGGGUCUGGUGACACCAACGAGGCAGCAGGCCGUGACUCCGAUCUCACCCGUAUGAGCGUCCGCACACAUCCUGACUUGAUUCCAAAUCCAAGAUUCUCUAAGUUCUCGUUCAAUGAUUUCCUUAAGCCCAAGAUUGAUCAAGCCGAUGCUACCAUUCUCGAGGAAACUCGAAGCUCGGGAACUGUGAAGCGUUCAUCUAGACAAACCCUUAACACGAAGCAAGGUAAUGGCCUCAUCAAGAAGUCGCCAACACAGGACUUACAAGGUUUGGGAAUCAUUAUGGAUAAGAGUAAUGAGCAUUCGAGAAACGCGUCUAAGACCUCUGGAGAACACAACUUUGUUUCGAUCAAUGCUUCUGAUGACGAUUAUAGUGCAAACUGUACUACACUCCAAAAAGAAGCCAUUAGUAUAACUGAGGAUUCAGAGUUUAGUGGAGGAGAGGAGUACAACUUAUCGCAUCAUAUUGUCGAUAUGAACAGAACUGAAGAGGAACAGAGAAGAUUGCUGCUUAAGGCCUCUCAGAGAAGUGCAUCACAAGUUAUCGAGGAUGAUAUCCAAGUCAACACAGCACACAAGAGUUCCAAGGAGACUUUGGUGGGCGUUAAUGAGGAAAGAAGCUGGUCUCAUAAAUCUCAUAACACCUUGCUUCCAGAGGAGCUCUCUUCGCAUGGUAGAAGCAAGAGCUUCUCGGCCAAGUCAAACACCUCAAAUCACUCUGAGUUCAGAGAUGAGGAAGUUCGUGCAAAUGUCUUGGACACUUCGUCUCUUGUUGAGAACACAAAUGCUUCUUAUGAAGCGGAGAACCCAGCUGAGAGAGACGAUCAAAGUUACGGUGGCGAGGAGGAGCAAAUUGAUGUCGCUACGAGACAUGAAGUCGACGAUGACGGUGAGAUUCCACAGAGAUCACCAAACCGCCCUCGCCGCCAAACGAAUGGCUCACUUCGCCGGUCAGCAGCAUCGACUCAAAUAUUCAGCACUAUGCACAUGAAGGAAGCAGCCACGCAGGGUACACCGCCAAUGGAUACUGAACCCGUUGCUCAAGUUCCACAACAAGAGGCCACAACGCCAGUGUUUGGCCAGUUGCCGCUUGGAGUGUCGCUGAAGCCUGCGAGAAGUCUGAAGAAGUGGAGUAUCAAACCAAGGAGGAAGGCUCCAAAUGCGCCUGGUGAUGACAUAAAAGAGGAAUCAAAAACUAGAGGUCACAACCGAUUCUCGGGUAUUUCCCUUGUGUCCAACGCUAAAAGGUUCGUUGCACCCAGGUCAGAUGAAUCGCCUAAAUCACCUUCCGGCGCUGGCUGGUUCAAGCGCUUCUUCAUGUCAUUAUCUAAGGGCAACAGCAAAGAUGAACAUGUCGAGGAGGAGCAGAAGGCAAACAAGAAUGUUCACAUUAUCGACACCUUUUUGGAUUCCGGUGAUCUCAUGCGUAUCAUAAAGAACCAGUUGAAGAUCAAGGAAGUGGAAGGAUCCGUGACAAAUGUCGAAAUUGACGACGAAUUCGCAUUGAUCAGCGGUGUUGUACCAUCCCGAUUCGCUAGGGGAAGAAAAUUGGUUUUCAAGAUCGAAGUGAUCGAUUUGGUGAACUCCUCAUCCUUGCAUCUUCUUAAGGUGAAGGGUUCCAAGACGGGCUUCAAAAACCUCGUCGAUGUUGUGGACUUUGUCAUCAAGAAGGAGGAGGAAACAACCCCCAAAACCAAACAAUCCACUCAUUAA